UGGCUGGCAGCAUGUUUUUAGGCAAUUUACAUCCGUUGGCAUAGAGUGUUUUCCAUUAGGACCAAUGGAGGGAGUGGGUUCAAUUGUGCUGCUAGUUAUACCAUCUAUAUUACCCCAUGGACCCACAUGAUUUCUACACCCUGGGACUAUAUCUAUUCCAGAGGAGGAUGUCACUCCAGGACAGACCCAGAAUGACCUAAAACUAGCCACACUCCAUUCCACUAAAGGUACUCACUGUCCGUCAAUUCUGUCACACUCAGCUGGACUCAAGCACAAUAAUCAACCUGGACUAUCUGAAUCCCUUGGUUCACAUGUGUCUUGUGAAGUAUUGUAUCGUCAGGGUCAUUUUUGUCCUUGUGGUCCUGAUGUGCAGUUCUUGUUGUUUUGUUUUACUCUCAUCCAGUUCUUGUACUCUAUGCUUUAACCCAAGCCUGGUUUGUACAUUCAUCUGUGCAUUCAUCUGUGCAUUCAUCUGUGUCCUGUCUCUCUCCCUAGACAGUGACAGGUCUUCUAUUUCUGUGAAGCUCCAGUGAAGCUCCUGGAAUCACAUACAUUUGAAAGAAAUGGAAUUGGGAAUAUAAUUCAAACCCUUUGUUUCUAAUUUCCAACAGUUCAUCCUUGAUAUGUUUCUGUGUAGUGUUGCCAAGAACUUGUAAAAAAGUGAUUUAGUAAAUGCUCAGAAUGUAAAUGUAGUGUAACUGCAUUUAUUUAUUUUGCUUGAUGUAUUGUAUAUAUUGAGAGUGUGCUGUAUGUAUUGUAUGUAUUGAGAGUGUGCUGGAUGUAUUGAGAAUAGUCCCCAUAGUAUCUACGGACCGAUGGCCACAGCAUUGCGACAGCCACAGCAUUUUCUACGCAUUACCAAAUUGAGGCACAUCAGAAGCUUUCAUCUGUUUUCAGGAGUACCUCCUGCGCUAUUACACCCUGAAGAAAGAGCACCCGUUCGGUCGGAGCAAGAGGUACUCACUCUCCUUCACCUCAAAGGUGAAGGACAUGCAGAGAUUCUUUGGCCUGAACACCACGGGCGCUCUGGAUCCGGAGACCCUCGAGGUGAUGAGCAGCCCUCGCUGUGGGGUGUCCGAUGUGGAGGACUACAGCCACAGAAGCCAAGCCAACCGCUGGACGAGGAACCUCAUCACCUACAGCAUUAGCAAGUACACAAGUGAUUUGCCUCGCAACACGGUGGACCAUCUGAUCGAGUCAGCGUUCAACGUCUGGGCCAGCGCCUCCCCUCUGACCUUCGUCCGGUCGAACUCGUUGACGGCAGACAUCAUGGUGGCCUUUCAAAGCUAUGACCACGGUGACGCGUUCCCGUUUGAUGGGACUGGGGGGACACUGGCACAUGCCUUCGGCCCUGGAGAGGGCAUCGGAGGAGAUAUUCACUUCGAUGAUUCUGAAACUUGGACUGCGGGAUCUAAGGGCUUCAACCUACUUCUAGUGGCAGCCCAUGAGUUGGGUCAUUCUUUGGGCAUGAGGCACUCCCAAAACCGAGAAUCACUCAUGUAUCCAACUUACAAAUCCAGUCAUAGUACACAUAGCCUGCUUUCCAAAGAGGACAUAGCAGGCAUCACCUCACUUUAUGGUACCAAAAACAGUUUUUCAUAUUACUACCCCAGACUUGACUUAAAUGUCUUCUACAACCCCUGGUUCCUGGGCUUCCCUCUGAUGAUGCAGGACAAAUGUGACCCUGAUUUGUCCUUUGACGCUGUGUCAACCUUGGGGGACGCCACCUACUUUUUCAAAGACAAGUAUCUAUGGAUCAAAGACAACAAGAAAUAUUAUAUAAAAGAGGGCCCUAUCAACAACUUUUUGCCAAAGAUUGAAUCCAAAAUUGAUGCAGCCUUCUGGGUCCCUCGAGAAUCCACUGCUUACCUGAUUCAUGGAUCCAAGUACUGGACAGUGAAGAGGUCCAUUUUCAAAGGCAAACCUAAACCCAUCAGCAACUUUGGUAUACCACAAUGGGUGCAGGAAGUAGACGCAGCUGUACACAUUGCCAAAACAGGACGCACCCUGUUCUUCAUUCACAACUUUUAUUACAGCUUUAGUAAAAGACAAAGAGUAAUGGAUGCUAUAUACCCAAAACACAUCAGUGACGACUUCCCAGGGCUAAACAGAACAAUUGACGCAGCGGUCUACAAAGAUGACUUGAUAUACUUCUUCGUUGGACCAGAAGUGUACAAGUAUAAUUAUACCCAGAAGCAAGUUGUUGGAACUGAGAAGGCAAAUAUCUGGAUUGGAUGCUGAAUGAUUUCAUACUGAGUGACCAACAUGUCACUUAAUAUGAACAGAAUAGCGGAAAUUAAGUGUUAUUCCACAUUUAAAUAAAAGCUAUGCAAAU